CCAGCCCUGCCGCUGGCGCGCUCUGGACAUGACAGCCUAGGCACAGAAAGGCACACGCCUGCAUUGGGGAAAGCACUUUGCACUGGCUAGGAACGACUUUGAAGGGCAAGGAAAAGAGUGUUUCACUACUGCCUCGUUAGACCUUGUGCCCGAUUCAUGGGAGCUGUCCCUUGAGGAACAAGUGCCCAGGCAGCAGCCCCUUUGCCCAGGUGGCCACCAGCACCAACACAUGACCAAACACCUCAGCAGCUGCUCCCAUCUACCAGCUCUACCGCCUGUUUCUAGUGGCUGUGCUCUACUGGCCGUAUUUCCCGGGCUGCAGCAGCUGCCACCAGCACCAGCAGCUGCCCGCCAGGCUCCCUCCCACCUCUGGGUCUUCUGCCAAAGGGGCUUUGCUGUGGUGCCUGUUCAUGCUGCACCCUCUUAAGAAAUGGCUUUCUGAAGUCAACCUCCCUUGCAUUAUGCCUUGCUGGGAUUGACUGAGCUCCUUCCUCCCCAAUGAAGCAGAGGGACGGGAGCAAGGCGCCAGAAUCCAGUGCCCACAGAAACGGGCGACUUCACAGGUUUGCUGCUGCCCAGUCCCAUCUCAGCUGCCCCCACCAGUGAUCCACCAGUGAUGCUUCCUCAAGCGACGCCCUCCCAGCAAUGGCUUGGGGAGCUGGAGGAAGGAGCAGCUACCACUAGACUGGAUGCUGAAGACAACAUCAUUGCAAAUCCAGUCUAGAAUACAGUAAGGAAGGAAACACUACCCUGAAAGUUUAAAGCACAACUACUGUCACUGUGGCAGGGCACUAAGGUGCCUGCUCCUCUAAGAGCAGAGAUUGCCUGGGGAGAGCCCAAAGAUCCAGAUCUACCAUGGCAACCGGCUGACGAGGAAAUUAGCCGCACCUGCACCUGGUCAGCUGGCCAGCAGGGGCAGGGCCCUGGGCCCAUAUAAGCCCCAGGGCUGGGACCAGGGAGCUCAGAUCUCUGCCAGCAGCUGAAGGGGAAGGAGCCUCCGGGGAGGACUGGCCCAGGGCUGUGGCAGCCAGCAGCUGUCCUUAGGGCUCAUGGGCUCCAGGAACCCACAAGCUGACGUAUAACUCGAGCCUCAGACAAUGCGAAUGCAAGGAGUUGCUGAAAAUCCAGAAUCGCUUACAGAUUGGAUUAAUUCUUUGGCUGUAAUUAACAGGCCAAAUUUAAGUGCAGAUAUGCACCAAUCCUUCUGAUUUUUAAAUGAAGACAUGCAUGGAAAUAUAAUCUGGCACCAACUGCUGGAAGAACAGCCAAAAACAAAAUAUUCUCUGCUUCAGCUGCUGGGCAUGCAUUUGGGCAAGAAAAGCCAGAUGAGUUGAGCACCAAGCUAGUGACUUGAAAAUACCACUUGUUUGUUCCACAUGUAAGUGAAUUCCUGCGGGUAUUAGUUCUGCUUCUGUGAAGUUUCAAAGAGUUCACACGCGUUUCUGAAGGCUUACAAAGGCGUUGCAAUUACAAGUGAAUGAUGCUUCCACUUGUGCUGGGGUAGUGUGAGAGAUGCAGCUACCAGUGGUAGAAAGCCCCAAACCCAAAACUGAACACCAAACCAGUCCGACUGCAAUUGUCCAAGUUAGACAAACUCUUAUUGGUUACUCCAGACAAAAUGCCUACUCCGCAAUGUAAAGCAGAUGGACAGAGAUGCCUGGGGAGACUAAAAUAUGUGGGAAAAGAUCACUCUGAAAAUCUCAAUGUCUGGCAAAUAAUAAAAUGAAACGGGGAAUGGCAGGAGGAUGGUGGGCGCGGUGUCCUGCCUUGAUGGCAACAGGCACCUCAGCAGCUCCAAGACCCUGUCCUGCGAAGCCCUCGAGCUCAUGUAUUACCUUAGGGGCUUAAGUAGCCUCACUGAAGCCAAGAGGGAAAUCUGCUCAGGGUAACGAGUGGCCACGAGCGGUUUGCAGGAGCUGUGCACCGGUAACACGCUCGAUCCUCUCUGUGGGGCAGUAACAGACGGGCACCCCCUGCCAUAGGCAGCCAGUGGCAAGGAGUUCGCGGUGGGAGCACGCUGCCUGUCGGGGCUUCAAAAUUCACCCCUUCUAAAACCAAGCAGAGACUUCCGUCCCCUUCAGACGGAGAAAGCACCUGUUCUCGCAGCCCACGCUGCAGCAGACAGACUGGUGCUGGCUUUCCCCUGCCCGGCCUGGUUUCAGUGGCUGUGGGCCCCUGGGCAGCACAAACAACCACUUGCAGGGAAACACGGGUCCCCCACAGCCUGCAGAGAAGCCCGUCCGGUAGCUUCAUUGCUGCUGGGACCCAGUGUAGCUAGGUGGGGAUGCCUUCCUAUGCUGGCAGCCAGCACGGGGCACUGCCAGGGCUGCAACAGAUGGGCCAUCUCGCUGUAACACAGGGAAUCAAUUCCCAACAGCAGAAGCAAGUGAGCUCCUGUGGGAUCAUAGCCUGCUGGAGAUGGUGGGAGAAGCAAGGAUGAGGCUGCGGACAUGGCAUAGGCCUGGUCUGCCCUCCGACACUUGGCUGGCCAAGCGCGGUUCUGCUGGCACAGCUCUGCAGGAGCCUAGCCCUGCUGUGUGGUGGCAGGACCUUCCCCUCUGCCCACGGAGGCAUGCUUCUGCUCCCCUACCUGCUGCCAGCUACUGCUGCCCAUGAGCCGGGGCCUGCCCAGGGCAGCUGUACUCCGGUGUCACGGCUGCUGCCAGGGGGCCGCACAGGAGCCCCAGGAGCACGUGGACAUGCACGUGCUUUGAGAGCUCAUGGUGGCAUCAGAGUGGGUGAGUACAGACAUGGCCCAAGCUAGUCCUUGUUCAAGGAUCCCCAAGAGUCACAGAAACUCCAGACUAUCCCACACAAGCAGGGCAGCAUCACACUGGUUUACCUCUGUCCACCCGGAAGGGUAAGAUGCACGGUCACCAAGAUGUUCUACCAUUGACGCCAGACCCAGGUCUCAAGUCAAGCACUGCCGCAAUCUGCCACCACCCACCCAUCAGAGCACAGCCCCUCCUGGCCCUCGUGCCUGCCCACAGGCAGUCAGAUGGGAAGCGACACCCUCUCAGGGAAGUUUAAUGCAACAGUAAAGAUCUACAUCCAGUCCUAGAGGAGCCUAGAAAGGCUCUGGUAGGAGGACCCCACUUUCCAGAGCAAGUCUGAAGGGGAGAGAAGGGCUUUGCCUGCCAUAAGGCUCUGGCUGUCCAGGAAGACAGCAGGCUGAACACGCACCAGUGAGCCGUAAGGCAAAAGACACAAGGCCAGACACACACAGCUGCUGUUUAGGCAGAUGCCUGGGCAACCAGCCCACCUGGGAACAGCACGUGUUGGUACCCCCACAGCAGAGCCAUGACCACGGGCUGAGAGGAAGUGUUUCCAAAUGACUCCAAACCAUCACCCAAAGCUCAGAGGUCGCCUAGGAGAUCUUAGGGCUUCCCCCUCCUCUCCAUCAUGCUCACUUGUUGCAACCAGACUUAACUUAGCCUAUGGGCCCUUCAGGGCAGGGACUGUGUCGUCACGCCUGUUUGCAUGGCACCAGCACAAGGGUGCCCGGCUCCAGGCAGGGCCAGGAAGCACUAGGGCAGUACAAAACAAAUCAACCCUCGGUGCUGGUGACCAGUUUGCAUCCUCAGAGCUUUACAGACAUUGCAGUAGCUGCACUGAGACCCCUGCCAGGUGAGACAAUACUGAGGCCCCCUGCUUUAUUGGUGGGGAAACUGAGGCACUGAGGAGAACGGAGCAAAGCUGUGCAGGGGAUCGGUGGCAGAGGCAGCAAUCAAAGGCAGGAAUUCCUGGCCCAGCCUGGGGACCUGCAGGGGAGAUGCCUACACUGACCAGAGGGUUCAGGGAUGCAGGGGAGCCAGCCUGCAAGUUACCCUCUAGGGUCAAUGCACUGCAGAGGCCCAGAACAGGCAUCUUUCCCAUGGAAGUGCAGGGCAAGGAGCCGGCAGACCUCAGCCUGUGGCCCUGCCUGUGCGCUGAGCAGGGUGUGCUGGGCUCCUGGUCUGCCCGGCUGCACUGCAGAGGAGGGGGGUUGCAGACUAGAUUGUAAAUGCUAAAACCCUUAGCCACCCAACAUCCAACCCACGCUGGGUAGCCCCUGUACCCUGGGCACGUUGCCACCCUGGCCCACUCCGUGCUGCAGAUCUGCUGGGAGCUGGCGAGCACAAUGAUUUUCCAGUAACUGCUCAGUAAUGAGCAUUUGUUCUCCCUGAUGGCCCCUGCAUCCUCACUCCAGCUCUUAAUCACCAGAGAAACCAGAGGGCUCUUAACUCAGUCUUCCUCCAGGCCCCUUAAUAACUCCAGCUCCCAGCUGUCUGUGACUUGUGUAUCCUGGAUGUGCAAGGUCCCUGCGUAGGAUGGGGCAGGCUGCUGAGAUGCAUUUGCUGAUUAGCAGGUCAGCUGAGGGCACCGCUGAAACCUCAGCCCCGGGAGCUGGAAACGCACUGCUUGGUGGCAGUGAUGGAGGAGCGUCAGAGCGGGGAGGGGCAGGGCCGACUCAAAGUCCUGUUCUCAGAGACAUCUGCUGCUGCUGCUAUGAGGUUUUAGACUCCCGCGUGCUUCAGCCAUGCACCGUUGAUGCCACUGAGCCAUGUGGCUGGCUGGCACCUCCUGCAGCCAAAGGCACUGCCACUUCCACUGGGAUCCUGGGCUGUGCCGUGCCAGGAUGGCCCAGCAGCCUGGUGCAGCUGGGCAAAGCACAGCACGCCUAACUGUCAGACCCAGGUGUAUCUUCUGUAGGUCUGGCCCAGAACAGCCAAGCAGAUUCUUCCAGGCUAUUGGGAUGACCUGACAACUCUGCUUUGUGCUGCUCUUAGCCCCUUUCACCAGAGCCCACAGGCCCCACAAUAAACCUCUCCAACGUAAGCAAAGCAGCACAGGGAUCAGACCCCAGUAUCCCCCCAGUCCAGUACUUGGCCAGAAUCUGCUGUUCCACAAGAGGGGCCAGGACCAUGAGGCGGACAGGUGCAUGUGGGUCUCAUCCCUGGCUCUACAAUGUAGGUAGAAACAGCCCAAGGCUUUUUCUACCUACUUGCCUCCCGGGCAAGUUCACGGGAGCACAGGAUGAAUUGCUAUGGGCAGUAAGAUGGCUGGGGACCCCAGGAGGGAGCUCACCAGAGGACACAGUUGCAUGCACCAGAGAAGCUGCACAGGCAGCAAGAUGGAGCAACAGAGAACCAGCCUCCCCAUGGGAUGUGAUGGAAAGCACCCUGCUCAGAAAGUUACAGUUAAAUGGAGCAAAGCCCUAGUAUCAGCACAGUCCGUUCAAUCCAAAAGGGGUGGAGAAGAUGCAAUGGUUCUUCCACACUCCCAAGACCUGGUCACAUCUCCACCUGGACAAGGCCCAGCAGCCUUGGGAGACGGUACCGUGGCCAAUGCUCACAGCAGAGCUCGCCUGACACUCGCCCAGCAGGAGCACAUGGACCAAGCGCUUCCCUAGAUGCAAACCAUCUUCCUUGUCAGAGCCCCUGUGCUCUGGGCUGCAUGCCCCUGCCCCUCCGCUACAGCCACAGAACAGAGGGCCCAUUCGGGACCCGGAGCCAGCCCCCUCCUACGCUACCCACCGGCUUCCUGCUCCCCUGCAGCAGAGGGGCACAGCACAGAGUUACUUUCCCACAUUCCUCCCCUGCCACUAGCCAUGCACGCCCCCACGGCUGCUCCCCCUCCUCUUCAGCGGUUCAGCCAAGUAACUCUGUGCAAAGAGGGCUGGUCUCAGCACGGUCCCAGAGGAGAGGCAGCACCAUCGCCACUGGUCCCAGCUGCUGCAUCACGGGCAACGUCACCGGGCCCCACAAACCAUGCUGCCUCCUUCCAUCUGGUCUCUCUCGCACAAACCACAGCAGCAUUGCUAAUCACCGCAUGGGGCAGGAGGAGGAACAGCCAGGCCCUGAUGUCUACCUGCAGCUUGGGUCCAGACAGCACAGCAGAUCCAGCCUGCCUCGGCCCGUUCCUACACCGGGGACCCCACCUGCCUCUCCAUCUUCCCUUGGGAACACAAAGGUGCUCUGUAGCGCCCACAACAAAGCAGCCUUGGCAUGUGGGAGGCGACAGUGGAGGAGGGGAGCCCCGACAGCCAAGAGCUUCUGGAGAGCAGGCUGCAGCCCCCGUCCCAGCGACGCCUCCCUCUGCCUCGAACAGGAACAGGGGGAGCGCAUCAGACUGCAUCCCCUCCGGCCCAUCAGCCAACCACUCUGCCCCAAACACAACCCUCUCCGGGCACCAGGCCAAGCCAGGCACAACCGAGCCACAGCGAGACUCGAGUACAGCAACAACCAAGGCAAUCGCCCAGAAGCGAGGGGCCACGCGGUGAGGGGGCAGCAGGUCCCCACGGCACUGCCCCUGCACAGAGCUCACCCCACCACAGGUCCACACCAGCGGCGCUCCCGGCUGUCCCGGAGCAGCACGGGCAGCUGGAAGAGAGCUGAGUGCAAUGGGCCUGGCCUGCUGCAUUAGCAGGGCUCCAGCCCUCUCCAGCUGAAGCCACCAGGAACGUUUCUGCUGGAUUCAACGGGAACCAGACCCGACCUUUUCUCAGCACCUCGGGCCGCAGGAACUGGCAGCCUCCUGUGGGGGCAAUCAGGAUCGUGGCUCUCCCAGCUCCCGGGAGCCAGGCUCCUGCACCAGACUCUCUGGAGCGAUGGCUUCCAUGUCCCACCUCCCUUUGCACUUGGCUUGAGAGACUGCACAGCCCGUCCGGCUCUGCACUCUCCACCUUCGCCUGCAGCGGGGAUCACAGCUGCCCCCCACAGGCCCCCCCAGCACCCACGUGGGCAGCAGGUGGCCCCUGCCCCGGGGAAGCAGAUGGAGGAGCCAGGCUAGACAGUGAGAAAGCAGCGCUCGUGAUACCAAGUGAGUGGGAGGCGAGCACGCAUCAGGCCAAGCAGAGGAAACACAGAGCGUGGGCAGCAGAAAGUCCAAGGGAUGCAGGAUGCUGUCUGCAUGGGUCUCGGGCGUCUCAGCCCCAUGUCCCAGCUGCAGGCGUGCAGCUAACAAAGGCAAGGAACAUGGGACAUGGCCCCAAUUUGGCCAGGAGGUGGGGAUGCCCCCACGCCCCCCAGGGCUGACCCCCUUUCAGCAGCCGGAGAUCCCUGCCACCCCACAAUGAAGAAACUGCCAGGCCCGUGCCCCUCGUCAGCCACACACAGGGUGCUGGGAAACAGGAACUCGGGGCUACGAUUAGAAAGGUUACUGGAGCCAGCCCAGGCCGGGGGGCCAGGAGAGCAGCUCCUCCCGCUGCAGAGCAGGUGACAGGGUCCCAUGCCUGCUGUGUCGGCCAAGCCCACAGCCAGCCCUGCCGCUGCCCCACACAGCGUUAGGUCCCAGCUCCCUGUUCCUGUUACCGUGUUUAACUCGUGGUUACAUGUACGAAUCGGACAGAAACGCAUUCCCUGGGCCCGACCUGGCGCAGGAUGGCAAAACUGGAGCGGUCUCAGGUGGCUUGCACGGGGAGCUCCUGAACUAGCCGUGCUCCUUGCGUGACUCACACAUGCCUCCUACGCUGCCUGCAAUACCUCACACCACAAAAGCACUGCCAGUGAUCUCCCAGGGGGUGCGCACGCCACCUAGAUUAGCUUUUCUUAGAAGGGAAACCACCAGGUCGCAUUCGGCCCCGCACCUUAACCCUGUUGAGGCCAAGUUGCUGCAGAAUCCAGGACCUGCCAGGCAUCUCCCCACAGCGGAGCAGACCGCUCCAGAGGCAGCAAGACGGCCCGCUGCCGCAUCUGCACCCAAGCUGUGGCACCAAGCCAGCGCCUUGUAGUGCAAAGCCAAACCAACCCCACCUUGACUCCCUGGGCCCCUGGGGGUAGUCCUGCCAGCAAACCCCGAAGGUUUACAGUGAGCAACACUGCCCCACACCAAGAUGCCCCCAGACAGCAGGGCGACACCGAGGUCUGACCAGAGAGCACUGAGCAACGAGCUGAACUCCUGUCUCCAGAGUGCAAGCGGGGCGAGCGUGCUGGGUCUCAGUCAGCUUGGAAGGCAGCAGUGUCCAGUGCUCCAGAGGGAGCCCAGGGGCCGGUGGGACAAGGGACCUGCAGGGCAGACUUGAGGUUCAGCGAUUAAACUGUGUGGGGCCUCAGAGCCUGGUUUCACAAACUAAAAAUGAAUUUUUUUUUUUUUUAAAGUAAGCCAAACUGAAAUGAAGACAAGCUGGAUAAAGGCCUGAACUUACUAUACUCUAUUCCAAACAUUUAAGUGAAAUAAGAAAUAAUAUUCUAGCAGUCUGUGUUCACCACUGGACUUGUGCAGAGUGUCAUGCCCAACCUGAAGAAAGGCCCUUGCUAAGCAGCUGGAACCAGUCUGCUGAGGUGACGAACCAGCCCCGGAUAGCUGCAGCCUGUUCUGCAGGUGCAGGAAGAAUAUUUUCUUCAUUUUGCUUUCUUCUCCACAGUGUAGCUCAAUGACUGGUUCACUCAAACUGAGAAGCUGGCUGGCAGCUGCAAGAGCAAGAAAGCUCGUUUUCUUCUGCAAUGUAUGAGUGAAGCAAGGGCCCAGACCUGCCAUUUCUAAGAUCUGCAAGGACACGGGGUGGAGGCCUGCGUCUUUCUCAUCCCCUGGAGUUGUCUACGUGGCGUUUCUGGCACUCAAGCACAGUUAGCCAUUCCAGAUGCCAGUCUGGAUGCAUGACCAUGCACACACGAUGGCUGCACAUACCUGCCCUGGUGGCAACAAAAUGGAAGAGGCAGUGGCCCCAGCCUUGAUUUAGGACCAAAGGGGAGGCACUUAGAGCAUUUGUCUGGGCAGCUGGAGACCCCCCUGCCCCACUUCCUAGAGAGGACUGUGAACCUGGGUCUCUCCCAGCACAGAGCUCGAACCACCGUGCCAUAAGCCAAGGCUCUCCGGCACUCCACCUCAAGCUGAGCCGCUGCCCCUUGCAUUCGACAUGGUCUCUGGAUAAAACAGAUGCAGAGCAGUGCAGGGGGAAGCUCCAGGCUAGAUCACAGCGCACCAUCCCUUCCAGGCCAGCGUUCAGCUGACGGAGCCACACAACUUGUGGGUUGCUGGUCUCCUCCUAGCCCCACCUGCCUCCCUCUCUGGCUGCCCAGAGCGACAGCUGCAAAGGGCACGCUGCAGAGGGGUCUGGAUGACUCCUGCCCUGCUCCUCCCGCUCCAUCUAGCAGGUGCUAAUCCUGCAUUUGGGAUGACUGUGUUUUCAGGUGUUAGACACUGCAAGAGGUGCUUCCACACAGCUGGCACUGAUGCAGCCAGCUGCACGUGCCCGGGCUGUGCAUUUAUAGUCAUCUACACAGGCAGCCCCACACAUCUUAGACUGGAACGGCUGCCUGCACAGGACUGCCAAAAAUGCCAUGCGGAUGGCCGAAAACCAGCCACUUCAAUGACCAGGGACACAGAACUCCAGCCGUGCUGAUCAGAGGCACUUUGAUUCAUCAGCCAGGCACGAGAACUCUGAUGGCUGAUAAAUCAUUUCCAUUAUGUCAAAGCAAAGCAUGUUUGGAUAUUUUCUCCUUCAACACAUCCAACUGUUCUAACAAAGAAAAGACUAUUUUCAAAUGUUGCGCUUCUGCAUUUUUUGUGAAAUUCUACAUUUCCAUCCAAAAGCAACACAGUGGAAAUCAGAAAUAAAUGAUUAAGCAUGGAGUAGAUACAAAAUAUAAAUCAUCAUCUGUACACAACCAAAAGGGGAGAAAUAACAAUGUAAAAAUAUGCUAAGCUAUGUUUAAGUGUGCAUGUAGUGCAUCCUUCUGGUUGGUAAUCGAAGUAUAAAUUUAGAACAAAGGCUAUAUUUAGUUGCAAAUCACCCUCACCCUGUCUUUAUGGCUACCAACCAUCGAGAACCAGCCUCUCUUAAGCACAAUAACUAAAAAAAAAAAACCAAAAAUCAAAGCAAGCUUAAAAUUGAUUAUUUAAAUCAAGGUUUUGGGCUUGCUGAUUUAAAUCAUGAUUGCCAAAGUCAAUCCAGCCUGUAAGGCAACUCUGUGGGUCAGGACCUGGCUCCUCAGGGCGGGUCACAGAAGGAAGUUCCUCCGCUGCCCCACUCCCCCAGGGACCACGUGGCAGAACAGCCCUGAGGUUUGCUCCAGCCUGGCUGGACACUGUGCUCUUGGGGCAGGGCCUGUGCCACCGGCACUGCCAGCAGCCUGCCUGCUGGGGCCUGCCACAGCCAUGCUCAGAGCACCUCUCUCACAAGACAUCGCGCCUCCUAGAAGGAGAAAGCCCCUGGGGCCGCGUCGCUCCCCAUGCCCCUCCCCAAGCAGAGACACUGCAGGCUGCUCCCCCUGCACUGGGUCAGGCCCUACAGGCUGCCUCUGCCAACAGCAGGAGAGGGAAUGAGCACCCACCUGCCCACAGCUUGGGCUAUGGACUCUGGAGACGGGGGCAGCAGUGGCAGGAGAGAGAAGGAAAAGCAGAAAGUGGAGCAGAAGGCACCUUUAGAAAAGCAGCACCAUGAUCUAGUUAUUGUAGGAAAGACUGGAGUGAAGCCCGGAAGAGAACCGAAGUGGAAAGCAACACAGGGGACACAGCACCGAGGGCUGGUCCAGCAAUAUUCACUCAUUUAUUAUUCAGCAAAUUACACUCGUUAGCCAAGUAAUUGAUUUGAGAAAAGGGGGUUUCCAUCAGCUCGGCAGCAAAUGCUGGUGACACUUGUCUCAUCUUACACGAGUCGCAUAUGACUUGUCUGCUGCUCCCCCAGCCAAAAGAGAGAAGUUAUGUUUUAGAAAAUAAAUGAUUGCACAGAAAACUUGAUGGCAAUACUGCCGCUCGGCAUCAGCCUAUCGUACAGGCCAGUCUAGCAAACACUUGCACACGGCCCGCACUGCUGGGAUCCCAUCAGCGGGGGUCACCUGUCAUCACCCGGGAGUCCCCACGUGCACACGCCAGUGCAGUGAAGGGCGGCACAACGCAGCCGGGACACGAGCCCUGCACCACUAACACAAUGCAGUGCAGACCCACUCCAGCGACAGCGGGACUGGCAGCUACAGGUUCCCAGUCCUACCCGCCGUGCACCACGUCUUCUGCCAACGCAGCUCUCCCAGCAAGGAUGUGCAGCCCUACCCAGACAGCCAUGUGUGGACACACCCUCAUGCCAUAGCAGUCGCAGCAGACACAGGCCAAAGAGAGCUCUGGUGAUGGGGCUUUCCAGUGGGGACAUCAACUGAAGCCUCACAUGUAGUCCCAUUUCCUUCCAGGGACUGCUCCUUCCAGUACCACUACCAACAGGCAGGAUCAGGCCCUUAGCCUUCCCAACUGCAAGGGGGAGAUAUUCCAGAUGCUUCCCCCCUCAAAGCUGGCAAGUGCUGGGCACAUCCUUUUAGCUCUUUCAGAAAGUCACUGUGAGGCCUGAGCAUUUCCAUGCAGUGUUGCAGACGAGGUGAACACCAGAGUGCACUGCCUAUGUGGGGGAACGAGAGCACACCGAUACCCGAGACACCACGUCUCCUGCACACCACAGUGCCACGACGCUCUCUGCUACGCCACCGCUGAGUGCAAACAAGCUUCCUACAAUUCUCACGGUAGGAACCAUGUGCACAGAAGAGAAGCCCAGACCAACAGGAUGCUGGCACCUUACUUGCUGCACGUGAACGGACCGCCUCACCUUUGGCAUUUCCUGACUGCCGAAUGCUUCACGUUCCACCCUGCACAUUCUCUCCCGACGCUUUCAUUGACACUCAUCUCUUCAUGGCCCCUCCUUCCCCUUGGGGUCUCUCCAAAGGGGAAGUAUUUUAUAGCAGCACUGUCUGCGUUGGACCUUGGACGUUUGCUCGGCACAGUGCGAGACAGCAACCUAGGGAAUCGGGGCACAGUUCCUGGCUCUGCCGGGACAAGUGAUUGUCCUAAAGCUGCUCAGGCCCUGAUCUCACGCUGUGAAGGCCUAUCAGAGCUUUGUUAUCGAGUCCAACCAGAGCACAUCCAGCCCUCAAUUCCUCUGGCCUUAACUUUAAGCUAAACCAUAAGCAUUUAGCUGAAUCAGGACCUUUCAGCCACCAUUUUCAUGGGUACAAUGGGGCUCAUACAACUUCCUCUCUUCUACCCCUUUAUCCAGCUUGAUGUCCAGCCACUGGGCCUCCAGAGGCCAAAGAGGAAGCACAUAGCACACCAGUGGCUUUCUGCAGCACGAGCACUCAUUCAGUGCACAUUCACUCGGGUCAGACUCUGUCCCAUCACACGCGUCGCCCUGGAGGCCUUGAGAGGGCCACCAGCUCUGCAAGGCCCCUGUCCAAAGAGCAGAGAGCUGGUUGAAAGCCCUGGUAGUUGCAUCAUCGUGCACAAGCUGGGCAUGUUGUUAAACUCAGCCAAAGCCAAGUGGGUUUUCCCCCACCAGGCUGGCCUGGAACGCUCUCCCCGUCAGGGUCCACUCUUCCCUCCAAAGCACCAGGUGCCAGAGCUGCUCGCAAACGAAAGCCAACGCUGGCCUUCUUUCAAGGCAACGAGAACAGUAUCUGCUUUCUCCGCUCCUCCAGCACACCUGAACAUGUUUGCUCAAAUCUUUAGCCACAAUGAAAAUUGCCCUUUGCAGAGAUUCCCAAAGGCACGUGCCUGAGAACAGCCCCAGCCACUGCGAGGGCCCUGCACACUGGAAAAGAUUCAGCUACAUCCAACUCUGCUGCUCCACAGCCUGGUGCUGACAAUUCACCCAGUCCCACUCACGCAGUGACUGCCAUACAGCCCGAAAUGGAAACUUGUUUCCAUCACUAUUCCCCGCUCCCACACCCCCGCCGCUCUUGUUAUUGUAGGGUUGCUCAUAGCUGCAAAAGACUGGCUCGGCUCUGCAAGCUCUCUGGAGACUGCUGCCACUGAGCUGAGCCAGCGGCAAGUUCUAGGCCACAUGUAAUGGGCACUAUGAUGGCCUGGUCAUUUGUACGCACUGGGUUAUUGGCAUGCUUCAGUUUCAAAAACAACUUGAGAGACAAGAUGUAUGCAUAAAAGGCCAUGCAGCGGGGUUGCUGCAUUGGCCCGACCCCUAAGAAAUCCUGAUAACAGUGUUGCUGCUAUGAUGGCCAAAACAUAACGUUUGGAGAUCUAUAAUCCUGCCCAGAAUAAUAAUAAAAAAUUAGUAACAGUGCCAAAAAAUCUAUUUCCAUCCCAGCUCUAUUUUCUUUUUACAGUAUUUCAUUUGGAACAGAAUGGACUGUGCCCCCACACCCUGCUCCCAACCUAGAAGGACUCAUGCUGAACUAAGAUAUUUGGAAGGGGCUGGGGGGAAAUAAAGCAGAUGGAAAAUAUAUAAACUCCCUCUCUAUAUUCUGAGCUAAGUAUGAAAAAUGGAAGCUGACACACAGCAAAAAAAGCCAUUAAAAUGGAAAUGAUGAAGGGUGGGGAGCAUGGUUGCAGGGACCUCCCCCUGCUUGUGGGAGAUGGUGCCGUUCACAGCAUCCCCUCGACUGCUCCCACCUCCGCCCACCACAGCCACUGGCUCGGCCCUGGCAGCAGCGCGCAAACGGGGCACCCAGCCACUGGCCCCAGAUGACAGGCUUAGUUUAAAACCUGUCUAGAGGGGCAGUGGCUCUUGCCGUUGUCAGGCAGGAGAGAGGCCCACAGCACCUUAGGGCUAGAGACGACCUCAAAGGCCUGGCAUUGCCCAUGCCCAGGGCCAGGCACCCUCUGCAACAUAUUCAGGGGCAAGUGUGAAGGCAGAGCCAUGGGCAGGCAUGUGUAAAUCCAGAGCAAGAUGAAGAAACAGGCACACAGGCAGAGAGGAAGCACACAUGCAUGGACAGGCAUCCGGUCACACACUCAAAGCACAGGUAGGCACAUGCAUGCACACUUGCACGCGUGCGCACACAGCAGAAAAGGCACAGCAAGGCGGCCAACCUGCCUGUGACCAGUACUCCACAGAAGGGGCAUGGCUUAAGCCCACACUGCUGCCACAUUCCCAAGGAGACACCAUCCUCAAGCAAUCCACCACCCUGACAAGUCAGGCACAGAAAGACUAGUCCCACCGCUGGACAAGCUUUAGCCAGUGCUAAGCGCCACUAUGCAUUGGGCACACUGGCCCAAAGCCACCAUCUGUGAGACCUACAUGUCCACACCAUGAAGGGCAGGAACCAAGGAAAGCAAGGCAAAGUCUUUAUGGCUGCAGCGAGGCUGGAAAAAGAUCACGCAUAGGCAGAGUUGCCGAGCAGAGACUCUGCCAGUACCAGCCUAACGGGGACUGCCCUCCAGUCACAACCGACACCCUUCCUGCACUGCACCCCAGCAGGGAGACUCCCGGAUCACUUGGCCACAAGACACAGCCAGACAUGGGAUGUGGGCAAGGCCCAAAAGAAAAGGGGCUUCUAGAAGCCAGGAUGCAGGGGCAGCGGCCAACAGCAGCGAUGUGGAGAUGGGCUUCCCCGUCCCAGGGCAGAGGCUGCUCCGGACUAAACUCUCACCUGCCGGGGCCAGUGGCUGCACGCCGUCUCCUGCAUGGGAGCGCUAGGCCAAGCCCAGAUGAACAGUGGCGCUCUCACUUUCCUACACCACACCCAGAUAUCUGGGCUCACCAGAGGGCACCAGCCAACAAAGGGUUUGGACCCUUGGUGGGGAAAUGCAACUGGACCUCAAGUCAGUAAGGCAGGAACCCGGGUGCGACCCUGCAUCAUAGGGACUGGGACGAAGACAGAGGCCUCCUGAAAACCAGCCCCGCAGGAGGCAGCAGUAGCUGGGGAGAGGGAAUCUAUGCAGCCCAUGGCAUUGGAGAGCACCUGCUAAGCUCACCAGGCUUGGAAGACAGCCCGGGCAGGCUCCUGAGGACAGAGCAUGGCUGGCAACCAGGGCAGAGGAGAGGAGAGUUGUCAUGACACAAGGCCAGGGGCACAGGUGGAACUGCCACGGGAAGGCAAAGUGCGAGAGGAGACCUGUGGUGGCCACAGCUGGGAGCUGUGGGUGGAAGCCUGUGCGCAAAGGCAUGGACACGAGCCCCGAAAUGGGGGAUGCGGCAGCUGCAGCUGAGGCAACCUGUCCCAGCCACAGGGCGGGGGGUGUGGCAGGGACCUCAGCAAAGGGUCCUGCAGCUGCCCUGCAAAAACAAGAUGUUAUGUGCACUCGCGAUUUAGUACUCACAGGCUGGCCUCAGAUGCCAGGUGGCCGCAGCUGCCUGGGGAGACGUGCAGAUGAUGCUCCAGACUGGUGGAGGUGGACGACGACUCCGGGCGCGGGCGGGCACAAGUGCCACUCACAGAGGCACACUAGACUUCACCAAUUCCUACCAACUGCCGCUAACACAAGCUACAGCUCUAUCUGGGACUCCUCUACUUUUGCAGCCCCCUCUGUCUCGCCUUCGCUGAAAUAAAAAGAAACAAGAGAUUCUUUUCAUGGAAACUGCAAGGCAGCAAGUGGCUGCGCACGGUCCCGAACCCAGUCAACCCAGGAACAGAGUCCAGGGCACAAGUGCAGCCACCUAAGGGUGCACCAAGGGGGACUAUCCCAGCUGCCAUCUAAGGAGGAUGCUCGGACUGUCCGUGCCCACGGCUGGGGAAGCGUACGGGAUCUUCAGUCAUCACAAUUAGUUUUGCCUCCCGUGCCAAAGCUGCCCCUGCUCCCCUCCCCACUACAGGGCCCUGACUGCGAGGGGGCAGCACAGCCAACAGUUGCCUCCUGCAGCACAGCACCCAAGCCAGCCCCAGACCCCAAGCAGCGCUAGCAGGGGCAGGAUGACUUCCUCCCCCCGCAACAAAAGCAGGGAUGGCAGAGUGGCAGGGAGGGGCAGCAGGACCCUUGGAAAAGCUCAAAUGCCAAGUGCAAGGUCCUGCAUGUUGCAAAGCAGCCCCAAGAACCGUCUCUGACUCCCCCGGCCUCAGAGCUGAGCUCAGAGCAGUGCCAGCAUGUCAAGCUAAUACAUACUUUGGGGGCUCAAGAGCAGGUCUUGAGCACUGCCUGCAGCCUUCAGCAAUGCGCCCAUUGUCAGCCCUCUGCUCGCACAGCCAGGCAAGGAGCCCACAUCAAUGCCAGAUGCCACAGAGCUGGGGGCCGGGUUAGUGCCCCGCAGCUCCAAGCCCAGAGCCACAGCCACGCUACUGCCAGGUCCCCAAGUCUCUCCCCCUUGCCAAGAGACUCACCCUGCACUAGGGCCUAGUCCCAGUCCAGGAAAGGAGGGGAGCAGUCAAAGAAUGAAUGAAUGCAUUAUUUUAUUCCCCUGCCCCCUGCAUUACAGGCACUUGAGAUCUGCCUGCUACCACGUUCCCUCCACCCUUUCCCUUCUCUCCUGCCCAACUUUUCUUUUCUCAACCCUUCCCCUCUACCAGCUCAGCUCCACUCUGCCCCUCCACACCCCAAGGAUGCAGCUAGUUGAAGCCAGGUAGGAGGCAGGGUAGAUCUGAACCUUGCAGGCAUCAGGAUGCCUGGGUUCUACCCCAGCUCUGCCACCGACUCGCUGUAAAGCCAUGGGCAGGUCACUGCCUACUCCAGGCCUUGGUUUCUCCUUUGGAAAAAGACUGAUGACACCAACACCCCACUUCCUGUGGGGCUUCAGCCCUUCUCGCCUCAAAAAGCAGCAGGGAAGACCACGAGGAAAGCACACAGACACAACACUUGACCCGUGCCUCCUUGGGAACGUCUCUGUCCUUUGGCCCCUGCACCUGGCAGAGACGACUGGGGACGAAGGAGGAGGAAGCAGUGCAGAUCACGGUAAAAGCUGUGGUUUGUUUCUCAGCAAGGCCCCUGUGCACACUCAUGUCAAGCAGCACCGAGAGGAACCUGCCUGCCAGGAACAUCCCACUGCGUGGGCUCGUGCGCCUGAGCUGCGAAGGCAUCAGCUGUGGCCUGUGAAGAUCAGGGUCCCUGGAGGAGCUUGUGACCUCCCUAAAGCAGCUGUGGCUGAGACACGGCACUACUCCAUGAAGACUGAGGUGCCCUUUCCCCAGCUCGUGCCCCCUCUCACCCCCAAACUGCUUUGUCCUGCACAAAACAAGGUUUAUAUUAAAUCAAGACAUUCCAGAGAACAGCCAGGAAUGGAGGAGCAAACAGAGCAGCCGCCAGAACCCAGGCCAGCAAAGCACCAGCAGCUCCUGCCCUUCAGGAGCAGCCCCGGGAUCCCGCACCACGAGAAGCCACGCAACAGGGAGCCAGUGACCCUCUCUGCUUCUGCCCCUGAUGGCCCACGGUCGGCGUUUGCAGUCUGGUGCCUUCCUGAGCAAGAGUGAAGAAAGCUCCAGAAGCUGUGCCAACCUGUCCCCUGCGUACCCACUGCCCUGUACUCACCCCUUCCCUUGCUGCCCAUCACCUGGGAGCACCGAGCAUCUCAGCAGCUGCUCCCCACCGCCCUGCCCUGCUAUCUCAGGCUGCCACCAUGAGCACCCAACACAAGGCCGGAGAACCAGAGCUCGCGGUCAGCAGCCCCGAGCGUGUCUGUUGCCAGCGCUGGGUCCGGGUUCCAGAGCCCAGCCAGAGCUCUCACUCCGGAGGGGCAGUUUUAAAAAGCAAAUGCAGGCGAGGAAGCUCUGGGGUGGACGGGGCACAGACACAAAUACAGGGCCGAGGCUGAUUCAGCAUCCCCAGCUCAACUUCACGAGGCAAGACUCAAUCAGUGUCCUGUGUAUCUGCGGUUCUUAUAUGGCCCCCUCACCACAGUGCCCAAGCACCCCACAGGCUGUCAUGAAUAUGUCCUCCCUCCACUAUAAGCCAGGGCAGGGCUGUACUCAUUGUACAGAUGCAGACCUGAACCCCCAGAGUGACUAAGUGACUCUCCCAAAGUCACCCAGCAAGGCCGUGCCAGAGCAGGGAGUCAGCCCCACGACAAGCCCAAGCACAGCACCCGGCCAUCGCGCAGCUCUUCGCCAGCCAGCUGAGGGCCCCUCACAGGAGAGGAGAGGAGGAGGAGCCGAGGGCUGGGGAAGCACUGGAGGCUGCAGGUCAGGACUGAAGGACAGGGGCAGCACCAUGAAGUUCAGUCCAUGCCCAGGCUGGGUUCACCCUGCACUUACAUGUGCACAAGUCUAAUGACACACGCGUGCUGAGGCCUGCACUUCCCGUGGGCACACGCCUCCAGCCACUGACAGAACAAGGCAGCAGUCCAUGUACUACACCCCCACAGCGCCCCGCCGUCUCUGGGGGACUCCGAGUCCCCAAGUGUGGGACUGACGAGAUGAUCCCAUCUCUUACACCUGGAGCUUUUCUCCUGAACCUGUUUCCAUGCUAAGGAGAGGCCAGGCAACGCAGUGCUGCUGAGACAAAUGCUCCCUUUCAUUUGUGCAAGGAAACCCCUAUCAGCCAUGCAAGGGGGAAAUGUGCCUCUCCAGCACACCACACUGAUCAUAGGGUGGAGAGCCCAGGCUGGACCACACUGCCUGGGAGGAAAGUCACGACCCACAGAAAAACCCCUGCAGCCAGAGUACAGCGUUCACCACAGACACUUUCAAAAGAGAGGAAAAAUCAGCAGUCAGAGGCUGAAGUGACUUAGUUAGCAGAGGUCUGGAGUCAUAUCAGCCAAGAAAGCAAUUCAGGACAAGAGUCCCCAGAGUGGACAUAGUGCUGGGACUACUUCACCCUUAAUGCAGAGGUCUCAAGGAGGACAGACAACUGCCUGGGGAGGUCUGGGGUCCAUUUACCAGUCAUGUCAGUGCCUUAGAGCUCCCUCCUGCUGCUGCCAACCAACAGGUGGUGGAUGGCUGGGCAAAAACAAAGCCCAAUUAAAACCAGUCUACAGGCUGGGAGAGGAGGUCUGCGAUAGCCAUGGAGGAGGGUGCCGACUGGCUCAGUGAAUAGGACCAGGCCAAAAUAAACCCAAAGCCACGUAGCCCCUAAGUAGCAGCAUAACUUGAUGGGGGCGGGGGGGAGGCACCAGCCCCAGGCACCUACUCGGAGGGGGCGCCAGAACUGUUUGCCCACCCCCUGCGCUGCCCACCUGGCCAGCGGAGCAGAGUGCAGGGACAGGGGCAGGUGAGAUCAUUCUCCUCCCUGGGAGCAGGAGAGUUUGGCCCAGAGCACAGAAAUUAUUAAUCAGACCACUGCUCCAGAGGGCCAGGAUCUCUGAUCUGACUUAAGACAGCCAAGGCAGUCCCCAGCAUGUCUGGGGCCAAGCCCAGUGCCAGCAGAGUGCUACCAGCAUGCCCUGCACUGGAGGAAGACUGUACAAUGAGCGGCUUUCCCUUCAGCAGAUAUCACUGCACCUCCGUGCAUUUCCACCCUCGCCAGCCAAUGACCCAUCCCAGCCAUUGGUGGGAGCUGCUCAGCCACAAGUGUGAGCACCUAGGGGCAGAAGUGCAAGGCAAGGAACUGGAAACGACCAGGUUUAAAUUCCAGCCCUGACACCAGUGCUCUCCAGCUGCACCACUGCUGGCACCUGUGAUUUACCAUUAGCACAUCUGCACCAGCGGAGACAAUGGCACCAGCAUCAACCAAGCACAAAGAAUCAUCACCACCAGGUCUCCAAGGCAGAACAACACAAAGCAAAGAGCACCAGGGUCUUGGCGACGCUAGUGCUUUCACGUUGCUAACAUCAGCAAAGCUGCCCCAGCACACGUGAUGGGUCCUGUGAUUGCGCCAAGACGACUUGGGGCAAAACCUUCCCAAAAUCAGAACGAUAGAGCUGAGGCAGACGAGGGGCCAGGCACUACCAUUCCACAGGUAUGACACCUCAGCUGGCUCCCGAGAGCCCCCUCAGGUACAGGCGAGGAAGCCCACCCAUGCUGCCUGCAUACAAGUAAUCCUAGAGAGCAGCCCACUCAGCAAGGAGCAGAGAAGUGUAGUGCCAGAGCAGCACAGGCCAACAGGAGCUGAGGGCAAACUUCACCACCGUUUCCCGCUCUGCCCAAGCAAAGCCUCCAGGUCCGAGCCCUGCUCUCUUCCAAGGUUACAUGUGGGCACCUCUCAUGCUGUUGUGACAGCAGAACUCCAGCCUGAGCCCUCAACACAGCAGGGCAGUCCGAGUCCCCACCACCAUCGUCUAACUUGCCACCGGGCCUCUACAACAGCACGAAUCGCUCCAGACACUGCCCUGAACACAGAACACAAGUUCUGAUAUCAGAGGCAAAAAACCUAGAUUUUUGGGACACAUCUGAUUCCAGGUCCUAGCUGCUGAAAGAGCAGACAGAGAUCAGAGCGGUCAAGUUAGUCACCAGGCAUUAUCCGGUACCAGGACAUGCAGAUGAAUCUAGAGUGUCUCCAUGCAGUUGCCGACUGCAUAGACAAUAGUAAUACUCAGUACUUGGAGAAGUCCUUUUCAUCCAUAGCAUCAUUAGAGAAAUUUUACAAUGGGGAAACUGAGGCACAGAGCAGCUAAGUGACUAGUCUGAGGCCACGCAGGGGGCCGGCAAAAGAAAUGGAGCUGAAUCCAGUUGUCCUGAGUCCCUGCUCUGUGACAUACAUCAUCCAUAUACAAAACACACACAUGCAUUUUGCGAAUCACGGUUCUGAGCUUGGGUUGUUAAUUCGUGGUUAGACGGCCUGUAUUACAAACAGAGCGGCUGGUGUUUUUUAUAACUCUGAGUAUUUUUCUCCACGCUGCUUGGGGAUGAAGAGUCAAACAAUUCACAGACUUACAGGAUAACAUGGGUUUACAUCCCGGCCAGAUCCAGCAAGUGGCUGAAACCCCCCACAGACUGUCACCAAUGAUCCCGUGCAGGUGGCUUGCAGGACUGGACCCCAAAUCCAUGCUGGAGGUUUGUCCCAUCCCUACAUUUAGCACUUCUUCAUGCACUUUGGCGCGUUACUAGGACACGCAGAGAUCUGCUGGGGGUUAUUUUAGCUCCAUGAAGAACUCAGCAUGCCCACCUCUGUCCGAACUGUCGCUGCUUCCCCUCAUAUCUGUCCAUCUCCAGAUCUAGCAGAGUACAGACGCUGCACGCAAGAUGUGUUUCUAUAGGGGACAAGGAGGAUAACUUCACACACACCCCAAUACACAUCCCAAAUACACAGAAAGCACCCCACAAAUGAUGAUCCCCAGUGAAGUCAGAGGACUGGCUUCAGAAAUGGGACUGGUCUAUACCAUUUAGGAAUAUCUGGCCCAAAGCAAAAAUUAUAAUAUUUUACCCAAAAUGCCCCAAAAUCAGAGAGCAGUGAGCCCAUCCCGAGAGGCUGUUGGCUGCAGUGCUGGGGCCUAACUAGAUUCCUCCCCUUCUCCAACUUUCAAACCAAGAUCCAUUGUAAACUUUUACUUCCUCCCUAAAAAUCUCUCUCCAGCUCCCCAGGCCUCGGACAGGCCCCUCUCAGAUCAGUCAAAGAGCAACAGUCAAAGAACAGCGCAGACAGGCAGCUGAGAAAUGGCACUUCAUCUCCCCCAAACAGCCAGCAAAUAAAAGUGCAUCCGUUUUCAGAAUGAGACUAAAAGCACAAUCCAGUGAGAGAAAGAGGCAUGCUUAGGUCUACACUCGACAAGGCUUCCCAACCAGCAGCUUUCUAAAAAUAAAUCAUUUAAGUCUUAAAAUAACAUCCCUAUUCUUCGCUCUCAGGCUCAAACACUACACAGCAGACUGUAGCGUGCAUUUAAAGGAUGCACAUAUAAAUAGAAGAGGCACACACACUGCACACUGCACAGGCUAGACCUAUGUUCACAUAUGCACAGACCCAUCUAUGCAGCCGCACGAAAAAUCGUGGCGGUUCCUAAAGCUGCAGAUUCCACACUGCAAACACCACAUUCCUGCUCCAGCGCAACUGCAAAAUCUGCCCGAUUAAACAUCCCCUUCGGCAGCAUCGCUUUCUGCUGAAAUCAAAGCCCUGCUCUCCCCCAAAAGCCUGUGCCCCUGCUCACCAGCAUGCAACAUUCACAGCCAUCUGCUUUUUAAAAGAUAGGUACAUUCAGAUUCAAUUCACUUUUCCAUUAAACAAUCCGAAGGGAGAAAGAGAAAAUACAGACCAGGGUUUUUCUUUGCGUUUUUUUUUUUUUAAGGAAGGAAAAAAAAAAGCUGUAAAAAAAAAAAACUUUC